UUUCUGCCAUUUUGCGGUUGCGGGUCGGUCUCGAGCUGCUGGUGCGUUUCUCACCGAAUACCGACAAUAAAGUAUUUUAAAGAUAACAAAGCCCAGAUAAACCGGUAAAAUGUCAGAUUUUGACAGCAACCCCUUCGCGGACCCGGACUUCAGCAACCCGUUUCAGGAUCCAUCUGUGACACAAGUAACGCGGACUGCCCCUCCUGGCCUGGAGGAGUAUAACCCUUUCACAGACACAAAGCCGGUCCCGCCAGGCUCCGCCCCUAAAUCAGUCCCUCCCACAGCAAACACACAGCCGGCCAUCAUGAAACCCACAGAAGAACCGCCAGCUUACACUCAACCUCAGCAGACACCGGAUCAGGCACGAGCCCAGGCGGAGUUACUGAAGAGACAGGAGGAGCUGGAGAGAAAAGCCGCUGAGCUGGACCGCAGAGAGAGAGAGAUGCAGUCUCUCAGCGCUUCAGGAGGGAGGAAAAACAACUGGCCGCCCCUUCCAGAGAAGUUUCCUGUGGGUCCAUGUUUCUAUCAUGACAUAUCCGUGGACAUCCCUGUGGAGUUCCAGAAAACCGUCAAGAUCAUGUACUAUCUGUGGAUGUUCCACACGGGGACGCUGUUUGCCAAUAUAUUCGGCUGUUUGUCGUGGUUCUGUGUAGAUGCGUCGAGGGGAGUGGAUUUUGGUCUGGCCAUGCUCUGGUUCAUGCUCUUCACUCCCUGUUCAUUUGUCUGCUGGUACAGACCUCUGUAUGGAGCGUUCAGGAGUGACAGCUCUUUUAGGUUCUUUGUAUUCUUCUUCGUCUAUAUCUGUCAGUUUGGUGUUCAUGUGCUGCAAGCCAUUGGCAUUACAGGUUGGGGAGCCAGCGGCUGGAUCUCGGCGCUGACCGGACUGAACACAAGUAUUCCCGUCGGCAUCAUCAUGAUCCUGAUUGCGGCUCUCUUCACCGCGUUGGCCGUCAUCUCUCUCAUCAUGUUUAAAAAGGUUCAUGCGCUGUACCGAACCACCGGCGCCAGCUUCGAGAAGGCGCAGCAAGAGUUCGCCACAGGUGUCAUGGCCAACAAAACGGUGCAAACCGCCGCCGCUAACGCCGCCUCCACUGCUGCACGGGGAGCCUUCAAAGAGCAGAUCUGAUUGGUGCAGAGAACUCUGACUCCGCCCAUGUUACUUUAACCCCGCCUUCCGCAUUCCUCAUAACUGUCUUUACAGCCAAUCAUCAGCUCUGACUUGCUGUUCAAGACCACACCCACUUUCUUUGAAUUAAUCCACUCCUAUGACUGACUGAAACCCCGCCCACAGUCCCUCCCCUCCUGUCAAUCAGCAGGUGUGCUCACCUGUUCUUUAGUUGGAGUGUGUGUGUGUGUGUGUGUGGGGAACGCCUGUCUGUUUGUAAACCUAAAGAGUCAAUUUAUAUGUUCACAUCGCUGUUGGGUGUCAGUUUGUCCCUGUUAAACUACAGGAAGUGAUGUCAUCCACUGUCCUUUUAUGGGAUCCAAGUAAAAAAGAAUGGUUAUGAUCUCACAGGUUUGUCUUACGUAAAAUCAAACGUCCAGAUCACAUUUAACCUCAAAAUUCGAAAGAAAAAUCAACGUUUGCGAUAUUUUUUUUCUCUCAUUUUUUGACAGUUGAGCACAUAUAAAAACUGAUUAAAAUCUGUUUUGCGUUACAUUCAGCUUAAUUUUAAUGAAAAUGGCAUAAUGCAAAUGCAAUGUAAUUUAAAUACAAAUACAGCGCUUUUCUGUAGAUUUUGGGGUAUAACAUGACAUUUUUCAUGCAAAAAUUUUGGGUUAUAGUAUUAACAAAGUUUUGGGGUAUACCAUGACAUUUUGCAUAAAAUAUUUUGGUGUAAUCUACGACAUUUUGCAAAAACGAAAUUUGUCUUUUCUUUCAAUUUUAAGGUAUAACACAACUUAUUGUGUAACAAAAUUUGCCAUUUUCAUUGGAUUUUGAACUAUAACGUGACAUUUUGCAUCAUAAAUUGUCACUUUUCAUUGGAUUUAGGAAUAUAACAUGAUAUUUUGCAUAAAAAAACAAUGGACUUUUCUUUGGAUUUUGUGGUGUAAUAUAAACUUUUCUUGCCGUGAUUCGCCCCACUUACAUUAUAAACGCUUCAUCCUGCAAACGAGCCAUCAGUACACAAAAAAACGUCCAUCAGAUGCAACUCAGAGGGUCUCUUUACCUGUAAAUAUAUAAAUAUAUAGAUAUAUUAAACCUGUAUGAUGACAUAAAGUAUUGACUGAUUUUAAACACAUGAAUGAUUUUGAGGCUUUCUGGUUUCUUUUUGUUCUUUCUAAUAGGAAACUAAUGGAAACUAAUUCUUAAAAGCGUGAUCCACGCAGGAUACGAUCCUGCACAUGCAUGGAAAGCUUAUAGGAUAAAACUGGAAAACCCUUUUAAAAUCACAAUUCAAAUCUGUGCAUCGCCCCUGAACAUACCUAACAACGUGUGUGUAAGACUGUGCCAUGCUGGGGAGGUUGGAUCCUGAAUCACAUUGUUUGUCGUCAUUUGAAGCGUACAGCUUUUUAAGUGAUGUUUGGUUUCCUCAUUUUUUUUUUUUUUUUUUUUUUUUUUUGACUGGAGCAGAGAACCUUGUAGCCUUGGUUGCUGUCGCCAAGAGACAGCCAAGUUUUGCAAUUAUGGGAUAUGCAUCAAGAUUCAAAUUGAUCUUGAUCUUAACCUUUCAGCAACACUCUGUGUGUGUGUGUGUGUGUGUGUGUGUGUGUGUGUGUGAAAGAGAGAGAGAGUGUGUGUGAGAGAACAAACUGUGUGUUCAUCGCCUGUUUUCAGUAUUGAGUUUGUUUGAGUCUUUAAUUUAUAACUUUUAAAGAAAUAGUUCACCCAAAAUUAUCUUUUUUUUGGGUGAAAUAUUUAAAUAUGUUAUUAUUUUGUUUAAAAUGUCAUUGAGUGUGUCAUAUUUGUGUUUUUUUUUUUUCAGUCGUGUACCGUUCUCUUUACAUUCUGUGUGUGUGUGUGUGUGUGUGUGUGUGUUACUGCAAGUCGUUCUUCCUUUUAUAAAUAAAUGUCAACAAACAGCACCUGAAUGUUCCUCUAUUUAAUUUAAAACAGGAAAUAAAAACACAAGAAUCUGUUGAGAGUGUGAGACGACGGUAAACUGACGUGACCUCUUGUGUUUGGUGCAAUGGAUCGUGGCUUUAAACUGUCUUUUUUUAAUUUGUGAUGUUAGUUGACUUAGUUGAAGGAAGGGAUUGAAGAAAAAGCAUCACUGGUUGUACUACUGCUACUACAUUGACAUUAUUUAAAAGAGACGUGAAGGAUAUUUGUAUAUUUUGUAUAACUAAAGGAACGGUGGCCUGUCGUACUGAAUUUCAUUGUACUGUACAAAUGCACUCCUGUCUCGCUCCCUUAGCCGCAUGUUGAGUAGUUUGAGUUUUGUAUAUUUAUUGUAUUAACACAAAAAUAAAAUAAAAAUCAACUACACAAAC